AUGUCGUUUGUUACCCGUCUCAGGUCAUCCGGGGUGCUCCGGCCUCUGUCUGCCGCGUCGAGAACUCAACUGCGCUGCUACUCAUGCACAACUCCUCGACAAAGCCAGGAGACUUCUACAGCCUCCAAGGCUACAACACCACUCGAUUCAAGAUGGUUUUCUAACCUCCAGGCGCGAAUUGAAAAAUUGAGAAGCUCCAAGUACCCGCCUGAAUGUGUCUCGCAAGCCGAGAAGCUCUACCAGCAUGCCACAUCAGACUGGAUCGAGCUUUUGGCAGGCAGAGAAGGCUUUCUUACUGAUAAGAGCUGGAGAGCUUUAGACCAUUAUCCAUUGCUCUGGGGAGACAUGGUAUGCCACGUGAACAACGUCAUGUAUAACAAAUACGUCGAAACGGCAAGGGUUCGGUUUGUCAAACACCAUGCAGAUGAUGCCGCUACUGAGGAGCAACGGAGACAAUGGGAUGACCUACCCACACCACGAAGCCUGGGCCUCAUUCUUAGGCGCAUCACAACCGAGUUCAAGCUCCCACUGACGUUUCCCGAUCAUGUCACCGUCCUCUACAAGUUGUCUGAGCGCCCACGAUAUGAUUCUACCUCACUCCUGAUGGAAGGCUGGAUCUUAUCAGACCAACAUCGCCGGCUGGCUGCGAAAUGUAUCGAUGACACGGCCAUCUACGACUACACGACGAGCAAGAGAUCGGUGCUGAAGCCGUUCAUGGUUGAAAAGUUCCAAGAAACCUUUGACAGGCAAAUGGAAUCUCAGAUCAAGUGCGACAAGGAUGCAAGGGAUGUAAUUGCGGCUGUUGAAGGCCUCGAGAAACAGUUCCAAUGA